UUUCACUACAUCUGUAUCUUUGGGGUAAAUACCUAGUAGUGCAAUUGCUGGGUCAUAGGGUGGCUCUAUUUGUAAUGCCUUGAGAAACCUCCAUUCACGUUUACCAGAGUGGCUGUACCAAGUUGCACUCCCCCAACAGUAUAAGAGGGUUUCUCCACAACUUUGCCAACACUUGUUUCCCCGUCUUGCUGAUUUUAGACAUUCUCACUGGUGUAAGGUGGUAUCUCAUUGUGGUUUUGAUUUGUAUUUCCCUGAUGCGAAGUGAUGUGGAACAUUUUUUCAUGUGCCUGUUGGGCCUUUGAUUUCUCAUUUGCAAAAACAGAAGGUUGUACUUCCUGGUGAACAUCCUGGAGAUAUUUUUGUGAGUCUGGUGAUGGAUUAAAUGUGAAAUGAUUCAGCGUGAAAGGGCAUUGAGAAGCACAGAUGGCUACACAAGGGAGUGAGCUUUCAUUCGUUCAUUUAUUUAUUCAUUUGCAGGUCUUGGAGCUGAGUAUGGUUGGUUGGUCCUCACCUCUGCUCCUGUUCCUUGGGUUUCCUUCAGAGCACUUAUCACAGAUCGUAAUUACAUUUUCAUUUUGUGAUUGGCUGCCACGCUGGAAGGCUCUGAGUGUGUGUCUUUCAGCUAACAGAAGUACCAUGACACUUAGACCAAGAGUCUGGCAAAUAUUAGGCCCUCAGUGCUAAUUUGUGAAGUAAAUGAGUGACUGCUUUCCCCUGCUCUGAAGAUUGCAGCAGUGAGUCAGCCAGACUCCAUCACGAGAGGAGUGCACUCCAGGAGGGGAGAGUCGAUGUAUGUGCAUUUUUCAGAAAAACAGCUUUGGGAAUUCUGGGGAAGAUGUUAGGCUCUGGCCAGGAAACUCGGGUGGCCUCAAAGAUGAGAAGGCAUCUUAGUUGGCCAUGGGGUUUGACAGGAGUUUGGCCUGAGCAGUGUGUGGAACCUGCAGAAGGACUAGUGUGAACAUAGGCACAGCCCAUGUGAGGGUCCUUGGAAGUUCCUUCUAGGCUGUGUGGUGUAUGACCAUGUUCUAGAAAGAGAGAGUGCUCAAAUGGAUGCUUUCCCCCCCAAAUUAUGAGGGACCUUGAAUGUCUGGCCAUUGAAUCUCGACUUUCUCAGGUAAUGAGUUGACAGCUAUUGAGGAUAUCUGGGCAAGCAGGUGACUUGGAGAUGUCAUAUAAAAUGUUAAUGUGAAGAACAUGUAUUACUUCUGGUGGACAGAUGGGUUAGAAGGUAGUAAGGGCCCUGGUGAAGUGGUGUCCAUGAGCUGGAGAGGAAGGGAUAGACAGGGGAGAGACAUGGGGACAAGCAGAUUGGAUGUGGGCUUGAGGUGGUCAGGGGAUGGGCGAUCAGAGUGGGUUUUGGGUUCCUGGCAGAACCAUUCAUUGAGGCAGGAGGCUUGGGAGAGGGGUUGGAAGGAACGAUCAUGGAAGACUGAUUGAGUUACACGGGGGUUACACGGGACCUCAAAGCUCAGGGGAGGCUUGGUAGUUAUUAGUUAUCUGAGAUGAGAAAAGUAAGAGUGGGGAUGAGGCUCCCCAGAUGUCCCAGUUACCUGUUGCUAUGCAGCACACCACACCCAAAUUUCGUGGCUUGUUUCAAGCCAGUCAUUCGUGUGAUCGUGAAUCUGCAGUUUGGAUAGGGCUUCGUGAGAAUGGAUGUCUGCUCCGUUGUGGCAUCUGCUGCGGUGGUGUGCUGUGCGUUGUACACAGUGCAGGCCACCUCACUUACACGAUGUGACAGUUGCUGCUGGCUGUCACCUGGAAUCACAGCUGGAGCGCCCAUGGGGGCCUCUCUCUGUGACCACUUGAGCUCCUCAUAGUGUGGUAUCUGCGUUUCAAGCCUGAGCAUCUCAGGAUAUGGGAAGUGGAGAUGCAGUUUCUCAAGAACCAGACUGGCAUAAUGUCUUCUUCUGUGUUCUACUGGUCCAGCAGUCACAAGUCAAAGGGAGAAAUGUCCGAGAAGGUUAGAGCUCAUUAUGUCUGGCUCCAAGGAAAGGCUUAAAGAUAUCUGUUGAAUGAAUGAGUAAAUGAAUUGUGUGAGGACAGAUGCAGAGAGAGGAAUAUCUGGGGCUUGAGGGAGGUAGUUGGAGGGGUUUAGCUGGAGUUGGUGAGGAAGUAGAUAGGCUUGAGGAAGUCAGUAGGAUCUAGGCUGGUGAGGACCAUGAACUCCAGGUUAAGGGGAUGGAACCGGAGUGUGGGAUAGACUAUCCAACAUAGGGGAACCAGCUAAGUUGCCUGAGAGGAACAGGAACAGGCCCAGAUCAAGGGCCUGGUCCAGGUGAAGUCCUCUCGGGUCAGUAGGUGAGUGUGCUUCUGACCUUGGGCUUCUUUUGGCUGUGGCCUUGGUCCUUGCUCCAGCCAGCCCUCAGGCCUGCCACUCUGUCCCUGGUACCUGUGGAAUACACAGAGCACACCCAACAGUAGAAUAGCUGGCAGUCAAAGGUGACACCCCAGCCAGAGUGUGUGCUCGCUCCAGGGCCUCCCCUGGGUUGGGGCAGUCAGCAGGAUAUUAGGGUUGGUCUAACCUUUGUAGCAGAUGAGAGUGGUGGGGUUGCUUUGGAAGCAUGUGGCUCCUUCUGGGCCCUUGAGAGAGAACAGGGCUGCAUUUCCUCUGUGAACACAGCUUCUUCAUAUGGCCAUGAGCCUUUGGACUCUGAAGUCAAGGUGAUUCUUUCUUGGGUACCGGCAGCCCUCUUGACCUUGAGGAAUGAACUCCUCAGGGCCCUGUAGGAGUGGGUCCUUUAUGCUGAGAUUUCUCCAGGCCCUUCUCUGCAGAGAGUAGAAGCAGCCUGGGGUGUGUGUGCAGAGGUGGACAGGAUUCUUUGUAGCCCUCACCAAGGCCAGGCCUCAUGUGGCUCGUCUCCCUGAGUGCAGUGUGGGCUGGAUGCUGUCAAGGUCACUGAGAGAGACUGUGAGUCUUCUUACGACAGUCCAGCUGAGGGAGGUCCCAGCUGACGCAGCAGCCACUCUCUGAGGAGGACCUGAUCUGCAGGGAGUGGGCAGACAGCAGGAGCUCGCCAAGGCCCUGAAUGAGGCUCUGUGUCACACUGGCCUCUGUUCCUUGUUUGCUCUCACCCUUGGCUGAGGGGCAGUCGGGGAGCCUUCCGGCAGCUCAGGGCACUGGCAACAGUACCUGUGUGGACCUCUUAGGAAACGUAUCCUGGUGUGGGCGAGGAGACAGAGGACAGACCUGGACGUCUUGCUCCUGCAUAUGUGGUUGGCAGCCUGACCAUGGUGGUCACCCAGCUGAAUCUGGAGUUUCGCUUGCAGGGCAAGAAGCUGCGAGGCUUCACCUGUGAGCUCACCAGGUACCCCCAUGGGGUCUUCCCUGAGACUGUCUUCACCAUCACUUGCCAGAUCGCGGUGCCCAUUCUACUCUCGGGCUUGGGCCUGUUGACAGCCGGCCUAGCGAUGAGCAGCAUCCAACACUGGCCUGUGUUUGUGGAGGUUAAAGACCUGUUGACCUUGGUGCCUCCCCUGGUGGGCCUGAAGGGGAACCUGGAAAUGACGCUGGCAUCACGACUCUCCACAGCUGCCAACACUGGACAAAUUGAUGACCCCCAGGAGCAGCACAGAAUUAUCAGCAGUAACCUCGCCCUCAUUCAGGUGCAGGCCACCGUUGUGGGGCUCCUGGCUGCUGUGGCUGCCCUGCUGCUGGGCGCUGUGUCUAGGGAGGAGUUAGACUUUGCAAAGGUGGAGUUGCUGUGUGCCAGCAGCGUCAUCACUGCCUUCCUCGCUGCGUUUGCCCUAGGAAUGCUCAUGGUCUGUAUAGUGAUUGGCGCUCGGAAGCUCGGACUCAAUCCAGACAACAUUGCCACGCCUAUUGCUGCCAGCCUGGGAGAUCUCAUCACGUUGUCCAUUCUGGCUUUUGUCAGCAGCUUCUUCUAUAAACACAAAGACAGUCGAUAUCUGACGUUGCUCGUGUGUGUUGGCUUCACGGCCCUGAUCCCUGUGUGGGUCCUCAUUGCUAAGCAGAGCCCACCCAUCGUGAAGGUCCUGAAGUUCGGAUGGCUCCCAAUCACCCUAGCGAUGGUCAUUAGCAGUCUCGGAGGGCUCAUCUUGAACAAAACUAUUUCUAAACAUGAGUACCAAGGCAUGGCUAUAUUUACUCCCAUCAUAUGUGGUGUUGGUGGCAAUCUGGUUGCCAUUCAGACCAGCCGGAUCUCCACCUACCUGCACAAGUGGAGCACGCCUGGUGUUCUCCCCCUCUGGAUGAAACAGUUCUGGCCUAACCCAUGCUCUACUUUCUGCACCUCAGAAAUUAAUUCCGUAUCAGCCCGAGUCCUACUCUCUCUGGUGGUUCCGGGCCAUCUGAUUUUCUUGUACAUCAUCUACUUGGUGGAAGGCCAUCUGGUCCCAAACAGUAAGAUCUUUGUGGCGCUCUAUCUGCUAGCAAGCCUGAUCCAGGUGACGAUUCUGCUGUACCUGGCAGAAGUGAUGGUUCGGCUGACAUGGCACCAGGCCCUGGAUCCAGACAACCACUGUAUCCCCUAUCUCACAGGGUUGGGGGACCUCCUAGGGACUGGCCUUCUAACACUCUGCUUUCUUAUGAACUGGUUAUUGAGGAAUGAAGCAGGGCUGGAUGGCUUCUCAGAACCAGCAUCUGGACCUCCCUAAUGAGCCCAGGCAACCCCAGUUGCUUGGUAGAAUUUUCCUUCACACCAGCAGGGUACAGAAUAUAGUUUCUCCCUGGCUGCGUCCUCAGGAAGGAUGGUUGGCACCCAGCCUCUGCAGUGGCCCUUUGUCAGUCUGCUAAGGACACUAACACACAUCUUAACUCUGGGGUUGGAACCUGAGCCUAUGAGCGUGUGGGAGGCCUGAAAUCAGAAGCAUUGUUUGUGUGUGUGUGACUACAUAUUCCUGGAUAUAAGUGAGAACCCAUGUGCUUGGUGAGUGCAAAUGAGUGCACGUGUUGUGUGUGGAGAGCAGGGGACUCUGGCCUGAAGACACUGAAGGAAGAGACAUGUCCAGUGCACUUGGGACAUAUGCUGGCACUGUUCUGUGCCCAUGCAGCCUGGAUUAGGGAGGAGCAGGAAUGAGAUGCCUCUGUGCCCAAGCCCCAGGACUGAGCUGUAGCUUAAGCACAGUCUUCACCAGGUCCGAGCUUCGUGGGGUGUUCUGCCAGUGUGCCUGCAAAUGUGCAGCCCUUCCCAGGACAGCCCUUCCUUGCACACCCUUCUGCUCCCAGUAUUUAAUCCUGUUGAUUUUUUUCUCUUUUUCUUUUUUUAUGUUUAAGCAAAACUCCUGUUUAGAUCUUGAUGAUCAGAGAGGUAUAAAAUAAAACAUAGGUUAUAUUAUACUUGGCCUUUGUGUCCUUAAAGAUGUUUAAUGCCACCAUGAGACUUGAGGUCUAUAAGUAACAAAAACCUCUGGUGUUUCCCCACUGUCUGUUUCUCAAACUGUGGUCUCCAGCAUGGAAGCAUCAACAUCAUGGGGAAACUUGUUAGAAAUGCAAGUCAUUAACCCUCCCUCCUCUAGGCCUGCCAAAUCAGCCUGUCUUGGGGCUCAGCAAUGUAGGUUUAAUAAGUCCUCCAUGUUGUUCUGAUACACUCUCACAUUUGAGAACCACUGCUCCAGAAUGCCCUCACUUUUUAAAAUAUAUUUUUACUUCCUAUUUCUUUUUUUCUUUUUUUAAAUUUAUUUUAUUUUUUUAUUUAGA